AGGACUCGUGCGGUGUAUGUGGGGGGGUACAGCUGGUUAGGUGUGUUUUUAAGUCUCUUGGAGGCUCGUAGACCAGCAGGAGAGCAAGAAGGAGGAGCAGGAGGACUUGAAAACUUCCCCGCAUCCAGUGAAAAGGGAAUUUCCUUUAAGGCGUCCGUCGGAACCGAGUCGGCGGCUUUGUAGUCCAGUUGUGUCCGUUUGAGAGAAGGACCCCGGUCCCGGUUCUCGUCACUGGACCCAUUUCCGGCGUCCACCAUGGAUGAUUUAGAUGCUUUAUUGGCGGACCUUGAGUCCUCAACCUCCCACAUUUCCAAGCACCCGGUUUUCCUGUCUGACGACGACGCUUACUCCAUCCCUGUUGGGGGUCAGAACCAGCAAGACAUCAGCUCUCCAUCUCAAGAGAGAAGUCUGAAUGGAGUAGAUGAAUCAGAGUCCUUCAGCUCAGCUCCGAAAAGCCCCUGGUCUAGAGAAAGCAGCAGUCCAAAACAACAAGCCGGUGAAGAGGACCACGUUUACAGUUUUCCUAACAAGCAGAAGAACAGAGAGUCAUCAUCAUCAUCACCGGCUGCCAUGAAUUCAUUGCUGGGCAGCAACCUGUCUGAGCUGGACCGCCUCCUGUUGGAGCUCAACGCCGUCCAGCAGAGCACCCCUGCCUUCCCCACAGAAGAAGUAGCUCCACCACUUCCUGCAAGCAGCACCAUCCGCCACAUCCAGGAGAAUGGACUCUCCGCUCCAGUUAAACCCCCUCAUUCUAACCUGGAUAACCCGAAGCACACUGUAGACGCACGGCCGAGUGUGGAGAGCCUUCUGGAUGAGCUUGAGAGCUCUGUACCCACUCCCAUUCCCACACCCUUGGUGGUCUCAGAUGAGCCUAAUGACGGACAAGCGGAGGCCUUUUCUCAGCAACAAGCCAGAAUGUCUGCAUCCUCUGCCACACGAGAGCUGGAUGAGCUCAUGGCUUCUCUGUCUGACUUCAAAGUCCAAAGCAAUUCCAGCUCUCAGUUGUCUGUCAAUGAGGACUCUGGUGACCCAUUUUUGGGUGCUGGAUCACCCGUCACCCAAGCUGUCGUUGGUCCAUCUAUAUCUGCUCAGGAUACUCCCCGACCUUUGAGCUCUACUUCGCCGUCCUCAACGCCUCUUUCAUUGGAACUUCACAUAGAUGAGGAUGGUUACUCAGUGGGCUCAUCUUCAUGUUCAACUGUAAUAGUAAAAUCUUCCAAGAGCCUUCAGUUCUCCCAAGUCCAACAGAAAGAUGAGGAUACAACUGUUACGUCCGAAGUCUCACAUUUGGAGAGCUUUAGUGUCUCAAGUGCUUUGAAGCCUCAAACCCAAACUGAUAUAAGCAGUUCUGUUCAUACUUCUCUAACUAAAAGUUCUGCAUGUAAAGACUCUGCUGCAAGGAGUUCCAGUCCAGUCAUUGUGCCAAAGAGUCCAGUGACUGAAUCUAAAACCCCGAGUCCCAGUAAAUCAAAAAUCCUCAGUCCUGCUGACAUAAAGUCUAAAAGUCUGUACUCUAAAAGUCUUAGUCCUCCACAGGUUACAAAUAGUGAAAGUCCAGUAGUAGUACCCACUCUGUUUGAAGCAGUACCAAGAACAUCUAGUCCAAUAACCGUUCCUAGGCUCUCAAGUCCAGUUCCGAAAGCAGCAAGUCCAUUGGCCGUCCCUGCUCUCUCUAGUCCACUACCUAUCCAGAGGAGUGCUAGUCCUGACAUAGCUGGACGAAGUUCUAGUCCUGUGACUAUUCCGAUACUUUGUAGUCCUAUUCCAAAGACUGCAAGUCCUCUGACUCUUUCCCACAACUCCCCUUCACUAGUCUUACCUAAGAGCUCUGGGAUUGAAGCCAUCCCAAGAAAUUCCUCUCCUUUAACACUUCCUAGGCUUUCAAGUCCAGUAACCGUUCCAAAGAGCGAAACUUGGGUUCCUAAGGGUAGUCCUCUGGUCUUUAGGAAAACACUCACUACUUCAGGCACCAGUAGUCCCAGAGCUUCUCCAGUUUCUCAUGCUACCGUACCAGUGAAUGCCCCAUAUUCCCAAGAAAAUACAGGGGAUGUUUUGGAUUUAACUUGGCCUUGCCGAGAACCUGUACUGGAUGAUGCCUUGGAUAAGAUCCUCACUGCUGGUUCUAAUAGCCUGACUGAAAAUCAGCCUCCCACCUGUGUUUUACCUGGUGAUGAAGACAAAUCCUGGGAGGAAGAGGAUGGACUUUUUCCUGAAUUUAGCAGAGAGGGAACCUUGACACCCAUGACGGAGUCCAGCUGGAUGGAUGAGUGCUUCACCCCCUCUUCCUGCCCCGGGACCCCAGAUGCAACACUGGACCUACCAACACAGCAGCCCUCCGCAGUUGAUCGACUGUCUGCGUCUGGUCAACUCAAGUCGGUUAUUCGCCGCACCAAAGAGACGUCCAACGUACAUCCGAUGUACAGGGAGGGAUUGCUCAGACGUAAGAUGGGACCAAUAAUUGUCAAUAAAAGCAACUCUCAAGAUCGACUAAUAGAGGAGCUGCAGGGAAAGCUGGGGAUCGGGCGAGUGGAGCGCAGGCGGAAACAACAGCCGGAUGACUGGCUGACAGAGGGAGUCAUUGUUAUGUCCAACCCACAACGAACACGGGAGGAAGGGAUCCAGCCAUCUGUGGAUAAGAUCAUUAUCCCACCCGAAUCACCUGCCCCACAGAGAAAAGUCCUCCCACCUCCACAGUCUCCCCCAGCACCCAAAAAGCCCCCACCGGUCCACCAGACACCCCCACCUCUACCUCCACCACCUCCAACACCCCCUCCUCCUCGGGAGCCGACUCCUCCACCCCCCAAGGAGCCGACUCCUCCGCCACCCAGGGAGCCCACGCCUCCCCAGGUCUUACCUCCUCCAUCACCUAGUCCCCCGCCCAAGCCCGUCACACCACCUCCACCCCCCAAGGUCUUUGUAUCAGUGGGCUGUCAGACAGAAUACGACCCUGUCUUCCCUCCAUUGCAGAUCCAGUCACAGGGAAAGGCCUCAAACUCUGCUCCAGCAAAACCAGCCAACAAGUUGGACAACAUGUUGGGAAGCCUGCAGUCUGACCUCAACAGACUCGGAGUCCAGACCAGUGCUAAGGGAGUCUGCGGUGCUUGCAAGAAACCGAUUGCUGGACAGGUGGUGACUGCCAUGGGCAGAACGUGGCACCCGGAGCACUUUGUGUGCACCCACUGCCAGGAAGAGAUAGGCUCCAGGAACUUCUUUGAGCGUGACGGACUGCCUUACUGUGAGAAAGACUACCACAACCUGUUCUCCCCGCGAUGCCACUACUGUAAUGGACCCAUCCUGGAUAAAGUAGUGACUGCUUUGGACAAGACCUGGCAUCCGGAGCACUUCUUCUGUGCUCAGUGUGGAUCCUUUUUUGGACCAGAAGGUUUCCAUGAAAAGGAUGGAAAGGCGUUCUGCAGAAAGGACUACUUUGACAUGUUUGCUCCUAAAUGUGGCGGCUGUUCCCGGGCCAUCCUGGAGAACUACAUCUCUGCCCUCAACUCGCUCUGGCACCCUGAAUGCUUCGUCUGCAGGGAGUGCUUCACGCCAUUCAUAAACGGCAGCUUCUUCGACCACGACGGCCAGCCGUACUGCGAGUCCCAUUACCACGAGCACCGUGGCUCCAUGUGCUCCGGCUGCCAGAAACCCAUCACUGGCCGUUGCAUCACAGCCAUGGGCAAGAAGUUCCACCCGGAGCACUUUGUCUGCGCUUUCUGCCUCAAGCAGCUGAACAAGGGCACCUUCAAAGAGCAGAACGACAAGCCGUACUGCCACGGCUGCUUCAUCAAACUCUUCAGUUAGACCGCAUGUCUGCUGUAUGUGCAAUGAGUGUUUGUACGAAUGCACCAUGUCUGUGGGCAUCGCUCAGAUUUUUCAAUACAUCAUAAGGAGGGUAGAAAUGUUUCUAUCAGAGAUGACACUGAAAGGGAUCUCCCUGGAUUUGCCAACUUUUACCUUCAGAUAAAGACCUUUUAAUGGAGCCCAAAGAGAUUUUUAUUUCAGUUUUUGUUCCUAAAUGUGACAAAAGCAAGAAAGAAACAUGUUAUGAUCUCCUUGUUUGUGUGUAAACGACGAGUUUUGAUUGUAAAGUAUUUUCCCCAUUCAGCAGGGCAAGCCCUAGCAUCACACAGCCGUCUGUCGUCUGUGUGACAGUUUUCUGCAGAUCUGAGACAGCUGCUUGAUUGCAUGGACCACUGGGAGUAAAGAGUUUUAAAAUACUA